UAUAUAACCAAGUGCAGUUGAAAAUUUGCUUCACUCAGCGAAAUCUGUUGAAAUGUGGAACAAACCAAACCUGGCAAUUAUUCUCCUCGUUUUGUUGGCCAGCGGCGGGAACGCGCUGCCAACCGACGUAGCCAGAUACAAUAAAUUGGGCCAAAGCCCACCAACACCAACUGACUGCAGGAACAGCAGUACGGAUUCUACGACCAAUCAGCUGGGUCUGGAUACUGAGGGCACGACGUCGCCACCGGACUUUGAGUACGCGCUGCUCGGUCAGGAUCCUAAGGAUCAGCAUUGGUAUCGUGUCAGUCUCACGCCCACAAAGAACCAGACUGUCUUUCGUGCCCAGUUCGCCACCCGGAAGCAGCCGCCCUUCGAUGAGCAAAUGGCGCACAGGCAUGACAAGACCAUUGGCGAACUGCUGGAUUGGCUGGACCACUCCGAGGAACGCAAUCUACUCCAAGUGUACCGUAACCUAUUGGAGGACGAGCAAAAGGAGACAAGACACAUACCAAAAACUGGAUAAUGAAAUCGAAAGUACAACCAAUUUGAGGCCCAGAAAGAAGUAUUACCAAGAGAGCAACCAGCAGCUGCAGCUGGCGGCAGAGGACGCAACAACCACAUCGCCAGAAAAAAGUCCAAAUGAAAUUGAGCCAAAGGCAGUAGAGAACUUUGUAUACUUCAUAAAGGGAUUAAAAUGAGUCCACAAAUAUUUUACUCGUUAGUAAAACAGUCUCUUAAAGUUCGUAAAAAUUUAAUGAUUUAAAUGAAAUCCAAAACAUUUUAACACAGAGUUCUUUGAACUUUUUUUUGUAGCCCCAUUAGAACCCUUAGAGGAAAUUUUAUAAAAUUAAUAAUCUGCAU